UUCGGGUAUUACUUACUCACCUGCUGCUACUCCUGAGAGCUGCCUGUAUCAUCAUCAUAAAUAUUACUCGUUUUUUUGGACAUCCAAAACUUUGAUGUCCUGUCCUCGUCUUCUCCUGUAAUGUUCAAGUGAAUCCUGCGCACGUGACCCAGUUCUAUCAUCCUUGCAAACUUGUUAAGCCAAACAAGGGUCCUUAUUAGUAAUCCCCUCCAUCAGAGUGUGUGGAAGUGGUGGAGGGACAAGUUGGCCUGGCGGUUGUUAAAAAUACGCAACAAAUAUGGGCAAGAACACCGCGACGUUACGAGUCCUCAGCGAUGCGCAAUUGAGGCGAUUAAAACAGCACAAAUAUUCCGCUACGAGCGUCAGCCUCCUCGACCCCGUCCUUCAAUGUUGGUGGAACUGGCUGGUCACACAGGUUCCUGUCUGGCUGGCCCCCAAUCUUAUCACGUCCCUUGGUCUACUCGUCAACAUUCUGAGUAGCGUGAUCCUUAUAUAUUACAGCCCUGACUGCAAACAACCGGUGCCUAGUUGGGCCUGCUAUCUGUGCGCUCUGGGACUAUUUAUCUACCAAAGUUUGGAUGCUAUUGAUGGAAAGCAGGCACGAAGGACGAAUACGUCGUCACCGUUGGGGGAAUUAUUUGACCAUGGUUGUGACUCUAUAUCGACGGUGUUCGUGUCGCUAGCGGUAUGUGUGUCCUGUCAGUUGGGGACGGCACCAAACUUAAUGUUUCUACAGUGCUUCAGUGCAAUCACACUGUUCUAUUGCGCCCAUUGGCAAACAUAUGUUUCAGGAACGUUGCGAUUCGGAUUAAUUGACGUAACAGAGGCACAAUUUGGAAUUAUACUAGUGCAUAUUGUAUCAGGAUAUUUUGGUGUUGACUUUUGGACGAAAUCGUUAUUCGGUGACAUUGCUGUGCCACGGUACAGUGUAUACUUAGCCCUUGCCCUGUCAGGAGGACUACGUGCUCUGGUUUGGGACUUCAAAACCAUAUUGUAUGGGGGUGCGGGGAAGAACGGCUCGUCAGUUGCUGGCACUAGUGUUCUUUCUCCAGCAAUCCCAUUUAGUCUUGUUCUCGUCCCUGCGAUAAUGAUUGCAGGUAACAGCAAGGAAGAUCUCUAUGGGCAUCAUCCUGCUAUAUAUAUUCUCACCUUUGGCUUAAUCGCGGCUAAAGUGACCAAUCGUUUAGUUGUUGCGCAUAUGACAAAGAGCGAAAUGGAUUAUUUAGAUUCUGCAUUAUUAGGACCGUUUCUUCUCUUCAUGAACCAAUAUUUUAAUUAUUUGGUUGGUGAAAAGUAUCUACUUGUUUUUAGCCUGAUAUGGGCCAUAUUCGACUUAUGGAGAUAUUGCAGUAGAGUGUGCCAAGAAAUAUGUGACUCGUUGAAUAUUUAUCUUUUCAAGAUACCACAGACAACCGACAUCCAAGGAAGAUGAAAUAAAAUUUAUAUCGCAAACUUAUCUCCUGUUUUUUGGUAAUUUUAUUACCCACAAAAUUUGUUCUGAGGGAUCUUUAACAAAGUUGAUAAGAUUAAACUUAUAUAUGCGAAGAAAUUCUCUUUUGAUGUUUCAUGUGAUAUACUCUUGAAUGUUAUUGUAUUUUGUAAAACGAUAAGUAAGGCCAACAUGAUGUUCACGAGUCAAAAUUAAGUGGAAGCCGCCUGACAUUUUAUUUCUAUAGCUUUAAUGUAGGAAAGAAGAAAACAGAAGCGCGUUCUUAACAUUGCUUGGUACAUGGUAAAAGUCAAAUGAAUUUUUUCUCUGAAAUCAAUGCAACAACACGCGUGCAACUGAUGGAUGAUGAAAGCUAGAUUUAUAAUAUAUACAUAUAUAUAACAUAAUAUAAUACAUGAUGAAAAAUAAAAAAUAGAACAAGUUCCACCAAGAAAA